AUGAAAGUCGCAAAAGUAGCUGAGCCUGAUCAUGUUGUGAUCACGGUUACAGCUGAUAUCCAUGAAAACUAUCAAAACAAUCUGGAAUAUUUACCGAUACCUAAGAACUCUGAUGAAAUCGUUAAUUCAAACAAAGAAAAUAUGGAUUUCAACCGGAUACAGAUUGAGGACCAAGAACCCCUUUCCUUAAAUGAUAUUAGCCUGGACUUGGAUAUAAAUUUGAAUAAUGGUGCUGAGGAAAAUGUCAUGGAUGAACCUGUUCCUAAAAAACAAAAAAUUAACAUUUUAGAUAUUAAGAAUAUAUCAACCGAAAAUGUAUUCACCGCGAGCAAAACCGAAAAAUCUGACAUAAACUUGCACACGGAGUACUUAGAUGUAUUAGCAGAGUACGGACUUUUUCCAGCUAUAACCAAACCAACUCGGGUCCAAACCUGCAUAGAUCACAUUUUUGUACCCGUAAAAUCUAAUGCGGAGUCCGUAGUCUAUCUCAAUGCUGCCACUGACCAUGAUAUCACUAUGGCAGGCAUAAUGUUAAAGACACACAAACCAAAAAGACCAAAACCUAUUCGAUCAAGAGUAAUAGUUGACAUAGACUCAAUAAGAUCAGAGCUGGAAGGAACGGACUGGUCAACAGUAAUAAACUGCAGCUCUCUUGAAGAGUCUGUAACUCAUUUUACUAAGACGGUAUCAGAGGCAAUAUUGAGAUAUUCAAAAACUUGUGUAAUAAGCCGCUCCAGAACUACCUUACACCCCUGGAUGACUUCUGGUUUAAUCAGAUGCUCUAAACACCGCGAUAAGCUUCAUAUAGAAUAUCGCAAGGACCCAAACAACCCAACUAAAAAACUUAUAUAUACGCGCUAUAGAAAUUUUUACAUAGAUCUAAUUAGAAGACUAAAACGUGAUUACAACAAAAAAGAAAUAAUCAAAAAUAAAUAUGCUCCAAAAAAACUCUGGGGUACUAUUAACCGCAUAACUGGCAAAGACACUAGCUCAAGUUCUAACCUGGCUCUCAUCAACUCAAGACCCUCCGUAAAAGAGUCUCUCAAUGUUUGCAACUCCUACUUUGCUUCUGUAGGUAAUAAGCUGGCAAACUCUAUCAUGCUGAAAUUAAAUGAGACUCAAGAGUCCCUUGCCGAAAAAGUACACAUUCCUGAUCAACCCGUUGGUUCAUUUUUCAUGAAUCCUACAGAUGAACUGGAAGUUGUGGGUCUUAUCCGGUCUCUUGAUUCAGACAGAAUGAACUACACCGUGUUCAGUGAGCACGAGCCGCGAGUGGGUGGUGCGUGGAUACGUGAUGUAAGACUUGACGCCUCCACAAAGCCGCGCAUUUGUAAAUUGUUUUAG